ACGUUUCAUCCGACGGAGCCAUUCGUUUGUUCGUUAUCCUCACGUCGCGAUGGAAUUAUUUUCGUUCUUUACGUCACCCUUUGGGCUGUUACUAACUACUUUGAUCACUAUCGGUAUCUUGAAAUGGAUCAAAUUGAUAUAUAGUGCAUACUUUUAUUGGAGGGGUAAAGGUAUUCCUUUUCUGCCCAAUUCACUACGGUCUUUUAUAGUGGGUUGGAAAAUAUUUCUGCGCCGAUUGAGUUUUGUCGACUAUACUAUUUUUCUAUACAAUUAUUUCCCGGAUGCCAAGUAUUUUGGAUCGAUGGAGUUUAACACACCUGUUGUGUUUCUACGCGAUCCUGAACUGAUCAAGGAUGUGAUGGUGAAGGACUUUGAUAAUUUCCAUGAUCAUCGCGGUUUCGUGGACGAAAAUCUGGAUCCGCUAUUCAGUAAAAACAUCUUUGCGUUGCGCGGAGAUCGCUGGAAGGAAAUGAGAAAUACGCUAAGUCCGUCUUUCACCGCCAGUAAGAUGAAGCUCAUGUACGAGUUGGUAUCAAAGUGUUCUCGUGAAUUUGUCAAUUACUUGAUCGAUCACCCGGAACUCUAUGAUAAUGCUAUCGAGACGAAGCAGGUCUUUCGAAGGUAUACCACUGAUGUAAUCGCCACAACGGCUUUUGGGAUAAGUGUGAAUUCUAUGGAAGAUCAAAACAACGAGUUUUACGUAAGAGGAAUAGAGAGCAGCAAAGCUUUCAGAGGAUCUCUAGUUAUGUUUAAGUUUCUAUUUAUGCAAGCAUUUCCACGUGUUGCCAAAUUGCUCGGUAUGAGAGGGUUCGCCUCAUCGAGUAUGGGCGAAUUUUUCAAGAGGAUUGUUAGAGAGACCAUCAAAGUUCGAGAGGAGCAAGGUAUCAUCAGGCCGGAUAUGAUUCAUUUAUUAAUGCAGGCUCGGGAUAAGGAAGGUCCUAGCGUCCACAAAAUGACGUUGGACGACAUCGUUUCGCAAGCUUUCAUCUUUUUCUUAGCCGGUUUUGAAACAUCCUCGACGCUGAUGUGUUUUGUCGUUCAUGAACUGGCAAUUAAUCAAGACAUUCAAGAUCGCUUGCGCGAGGAGGUGCAGCAUCUCGCCGAAGGAAACGAGAUCUCUUACGAAUCACUGUCAAAAAUGACUUACAUGGAUAUGGUGAUUUCCGAGGCGCUCCGAAAGUAUCCACCAUCGAUUCUCACCGAUAGACUUUGCACUAAGGGUUAUGAAUUGCCUCCGUCGCAGCCGGGUGGCAAAAGCGUGACUCUCGAACCUGAUAACAUAAUGACGAUAUUCAUUUAUGCUUUACAUCGUGAUCCCAAGUAUUUUCCGAAUCCGGAUAAGUUUGAUCCUGAAAGAUUCAGCGAAGAAAACAAAGAUAAGAUUAUCCCGUACACUUAUUUACCCUUUGGACAUGGACCUAGAAAAUGUAUCGGCAAUCGAUUUGCUCUCAUGGAGACCAAGAUUCUGAUAGCUCAUCUCUUACAAAAAUUCACCCUGAAGAGAACGGAAAAAACUGUCGAGCCUAUAGUAUACGAUAAGAAGGAAUUCAAUCUAGUACCUGAAGAUGGAUUCUGGAUUGCCUUGGAAAAGAGAGAAACGUGAUGAACUUGUGUACGAAAUACUAAAUAAUAAUUAUUUUCUAAUCAUUGGAAAGGAGCGUUGAUGCAUUUACAAAUUUAUAGAUAUUUAAUCGUGUAUAAUUUUUUAGUUUGUGAAGAUGGGUGUAGUCUAGGAUCUACAACACAUUAUUGCGUUUAUUUGAAUAUUAAAUUAAUUUAAUAUUAUAUAUUUUAUUGCACUAUCUCUAUUACAUUAUUAAACUUUACCGGUAGAAAGUGACGAGAUGGAGUAUUAUGAUGAACACUGUGACCUGCGUGGGCUCUUAAUUCUACUUAUUCAUAUUGAUGGUCUUUAACGACUUAUGUAACUCGUAUUUGUGUCGACAAGGAGUACGGUAGAAACGUAGUAGAGAUGGUCAUUGUUCAUUCUUUAUAUAAGAAAGAGUCUUUUAUCAUCGCGUACACUGAAAAAAAAGUAAUGUUGAACUAACAAC